AUGGCGCCCACCUUUAUGGUGUCCGUGCCGGGCAAAGUCAUCGUCUUCGGCGAACACGCAGCUGUGUAUGGCAAGCCAGCCAUUGCCGCAGCCAUCUCUCUGAGAUCCUAUCUCCUCGUCACCACCCUCUCCAAGUCCCAGCGCACCGUCACGCUGAAUUUCAGAGACAUCGGCCUGGAUCAUACGUGGAAGAUUAAUACUCUGCCGUGGGACAUCUUCCGCAAACCUUCCAAGAAACGGUUCUACUAUUCCUACGUCGACUCCCUCGAUCCCGAAUUACUCGACGCCGUUAUACCGUAUGCAGAGGCUGUGUCGAAAGACCUUCCGGAAAAGAGGCGGAAGAUGCAUGUGCGAUCUGCCACUGCCUUCCUCUACCUCUUCCUCUCCUUAGGCUCCCCGGAAAGUCCUGGGUUUAUCUACACUCUUCGAUCCACCAUCCCAGUCGGCGCUGGUCUAGGCAGUAGUGCCAGUGUCUGCGUCUGCUUGAGUGCUGCGCUGCUCCUUCAGAUACGCACCCUUUCAGGACCUCAUCCUGACCAACUUCCCGAGGAAGGAGAGGUACAAAUUGAGCGCAUCAAUCGCUGGGCAUUCGUGGGCGAGUUGUGCUUGCACGGAGACCCUAGCGGGGUGGACAAUACAGUCUCUGCAGGUGGAAAGGCUGCGAUCUUCCAGAGAAACGGCUCGGGACCACUAUCCGUCACUCCCCUAACCAAGUUCCCGAAACUGCCACUGCUUCUCGUUGAUACACGACAACCACGUUCAACAGUUACGCAGGUUGAGACAGUUAAAUCCUUGAAUGCCAGCCACCCUAUAGUGGCAGGGACAAUCUUGGAUGGAAUUGGCCAGAUUACAGCUUCUGCUUUGAAGCUCAUUGCAUCGGCCGAUUUUGAUGGGGACGGCGCCCCGGAGGCUGUCGAACGCUUGGGAACUUUGAUCGGUAUAAACCACGGGUUUCUGGUCUCACUGGGGGUUUCCCAUCCCCGUCUAGAACGUAUCCGCGAGCUCGUGGAUUACGCCGAUAUCGGCUGGACAAAACUCACCGGUGCUGGAGGUGGUGGAUGUGCUAUCACCCUCUUUCGACCAGACUUCACUGCGGAAGGAUUCCAGAAAUAUGACACUAUCCUAGGCGCCGACGGAGUUGGUGUCCUUUGGCCAGCAAUAUUCCGAAGCAGCAUCGAUGGGGAGGCCAGCGAAGAGAUCGAUAAGGAAAAGUUCGAAAAUGCUGUAGGUGCUCAGGGUACCGAACAUCUUGUUGGAGUAGGUGCGCAGGAAAACCGGGCAUGGAAGUUCUGGACGCGAGCUGUUAUCUGAGAUAAACAGAGACUAUGAUCACCCUCGAGAAGUAUCGAGGCAUGCCGAAGCUCCUCCCGAUCUCUGGGUUCAAACCUCUUCCUUAGUACAAGGUCUAUGGAUCUUUUCCGCUUGACUUAACGACUGCUUCUAGGCCCAAGGAGGCCUACAACGCUCAUUCUGUCAAUGUCAAGGACUGCUCCGGCCCGGUGCUGCCACGGGAAGUCGUCGAUUGACUCCUAAGUUGUAGCGUAGCUCAUUCCAGACUUGACUACAGGUAGGA